CACCUGUGCCCAGCAGUGCGCCCACUAACUCCACCCACCUGUGCCCAGCAGUGCAUCCACCUGUGCCCAGCAGUGCACCCACCUGUGCCACCCAGUCAGUGCCACCCACCUGUGCCCACCAGUGCCACCCACCUGUGCCCACCAGUGCCCAUCAGUGAAGCCCAGCAGCGCUGCCAGUCAGUGGCACCAGUCAGUGCCCAGCGGUUCUGCCAGUCAGUGCCCAGCAGUGCCGCCAGUCAUCAGUGCCACCUAUCAAAGCUGUCUAUCAGUACCCAUCAUCAGUGUCGCCUAUCAGUGCCGCCUAUCCGUGACACCUCAUUAGUGCUGCCUAUCAGU